CCCUGAUGUAAGUCAGCAUAAGGCUAUUUUUAUAAUCCUUUGUCUACCGCCACUUACUGACUAUUGUUUGUUAACAUCAAUUUUAGAUCAUCCAUUCUGGCAAGCCCCACGCAAGUACUGAAGUCCCUCAAGCCGGUACUGCUCAUGACACUGCUUAUGACUUUUUUGGAAGGUAGGGGUUUUCUCCGAAAACUAGAAGUCUGCGUAGAGCUUUAUACACUGACUAUUAUUGCAGCUUCCCCGAAACGGUCCACACUGUCCUUUGGGCUUUGAGUGGUCGUGGUCUUACCAAGAGUUUCCGUCAAGUAGAUGGUUUUGGUGUCCACACGUAAGUGCCUACAUAACAAAGUCAUCUAUUCAUUUUAUUAAGCAGUUGUUGGCCAUACCAUGGUAUACAGUUUCCGCUUGAUCAACGAACAAGGCAAGGCAGUAUUCGUCAAGUUCCACUGGAAGCCAUUGCAGGGUCUUUCCAACCUCUUGUGGGACGAAGCCCAAAAGAUCCAAGGCAAGAACAUUGACUUCCACCGUACGGAUCUCUACACAGCCAUUGAAAAGGGCGACUAUCCCGAGUACGAGUUGGGCGUGCAAAUUAUCAAAGAAGAAGAUGCAGACAAGCAUCCAUACUUGCUCGACCCGACCAAGAUUGUGCCCGAGUCAGUCGUGCCUGUAACUCCCUUGGGCAAGAUGACGUUGAACCGCAACGUUGAUAACUUCUUCGCCGAGACGGAACAAGUCACCUUUUGCGUAUCCAAUGUGGUGCGCGGCAUAGGCUUUACCAACGACUCUUUGCUGCAAGGCCGUUUGAUGAGUUAUGUAGACACCCAAUUGAAUCGUAUGAAUUCUGCCAACUUUAUGCAGCUGCCCAUCAACCGUCCUGUGAAUGCCGUCCACAACAACCAGCGCGACGGAUUCAUGCAGUCAACGAUCCACAAGGGCGAUGUGACAUACUAUCCGAACCAUCUCCAGGGUAACGCACCCGAGAUUGCUGAGCCAUCCCAAGGCGGCUACAUGGAGUAUCCUGAAAAGAUAGACGGCGUCACCAAGAUCCGCGAGCAAGUGCCUACGGUUGAAGACCAUUACUCGCACGCCCAGAUCUACUGGAACUCGUUGACGGAUUAUGAGAAGCAACAGACCGUCGAUGGCUUGCGCUUCGAAGUCGGCAAAUCCAUUGACUUGGGCGUCCGUAAGCGCAUGAUCGAUGUCCUCAACCAUGUGGACAACAGCUUGGCUCGUCGCGUGGCAUUUGCCGUCAAUGUCCCGUUGCCCGACAAGGUCGCCGACAACCCAGGUCACAAGUCCGUCGGCUUAUCCAUUGAGGAACGACCCCAUCCUCCCCACAUCAGAACCAAGACCGUUGCCAUUCUUACGGCACCUGGCACAGACGCCAAGGAUGCUUCGGACAUGUAUGACUUUUUGAAAAAGGAAGGGGCCUAUGUCGAAUAUGUCGGUCCGGCUUUGGGCAAUGUGGACGGUCUCGAGAUCACGCAAACAUACACCACUGCAAGCUCAGUGCUUUAUGACGCAGUUUAUGUGCCUGAUGGUGCGGAGGCGAUCAAGAAGUUGACUUCAAAGCAGAGCUCUUUCCCUUACGAUGAGCCCGUCGUGUUUGUCCUUGAUGCCUUCCGUCACUGCAAGCCCGUUGGCGCCUCUGGUGCGGGUGCCGAGUUACUCAAGCUCGCCAAGGUCGAAGGCGGUGAAAAGGAGGGUGUGUUGGUCGGUCAACAUGCAUCGGCACUUACUGAAGGCUUCAAAAAGGCUUUGAUCCAGCAACGCUACUGGGCCCGCAUGGCUUUGGAUCCCCCAAUCUAAAGUAGAUCAUAGGACGU